GUAACAUCUGCAUCCACCCUCCGAACGUUCCAUUUUUUCUUUGUCAACUGAGAACACCUUUCCAUCCAGCGAAUAAUCCAGCACAGCAGCUGCAGUAUCUUUAUUAGCGUCCACCAGCCUGGGUUGUCCGGGCGCUCACUGCAUUGCGCAAUUAUACGUGCAUUGUUGGGUGCCUCAGUCAACAGCACCCUCUACUCUGAGGCGGGCAGAUCCGCAGCUGUCCCUACAUGUCGCCAUGCCAGGUCCCAGCCAUCACUGAUCUAAUUCACCACGAUCCACAGCAUGGAAUCAACGCCGCCUAAGCCUUUUGGUCGGAGCUGCGACAGGCGCUUCGGUUUCUCCUCCACAAAUUUUGUUUGGCUUUAUUCAAUUCUGCAGGCGCUCGAAAAGAAUGCUGGGUGACGAAUGCUUCAAGCUGGCCAAGGAGGCCAAGGAUGUGACGCCGGACCACAUUCCUGCCUAUAAUGAGGAGCUGGUGCGCCUUGUAACUCAGGAGUCGCGAUAUCUGUGGCGGCGCGUCGUCGAGCUUAUCCAGGCGACAGAGUCCUCCAGCCAACAGAGCUCCUCGGGCGUGUUUAGUCCCAGCCAGUCGACCAGCAAGCCGGACCUUUCUUCGCAGCCUUUCAGCAACGACCCCGCAGACGUGAGCCGCUCCAUGGAAAGCGAAAACAUGCAGGGCCAGGUCGCGCUUUACGUGCACACGAUUGAGCGCAACAAGCGGUGUCUGAUGGCGUACCACCGGAAACGGGCAGAGUUUCUGCAGUCGUUGCUGUGGGCAGUGCAUUUAGCGCCGACGAUGGUGCCACAGAAUGUGUCGCAGAGGCUGGCGCCUGAGGAGCAGAACUAUGCAAGAGAGUAUGCAAAGCUCAACAUGAAAUACAGAGAUAGCGUGGAGGCCACAUUGUGCCCCAAUGAUUCGCUUGACUGGGCCUUGAAUGGAGAGGUACCGCCGCGCGAUUUGCUGAUCGAAGUGCGUGUACACAGAGACUGCGGUGAGAUUGUAACCCAGUCUGGUAUCGUCAACCUGCAAGCCGGCACCCAGCACUACCUGUGCCGCUCGGAUGUCGAGCACUUGCUGACCAUCGGGUAUCUUGAGCACAUCAAUCCGACAUAG